AUGGUGGUGGCCUUUGCCAGCCCUUAUUGGGUCGAAUCCUUUGAAGAAUUCAAAUCUCAGUUUGUCAAACUGGGCCUGUGGGAGUUCUGUUUCAACGACUACACCUUUUACAAAGAUUAUAAUGGCAAGCGAUACCUCGGCUGUUUUUAUGUCUUCUCCCCAGAGAUGCGACCCAUUUGGGAAUGGGUUUCACCUCCUUGGUUCAUUUCUGUUCAAGUGAUGGUGUCAGCUUCGCUGCUCAUUAUUUUCCUCACAUCAGUAACCCUGACCUUGAAAGUUUUUCAGUUAUUCCCAAAACACAUGGACUUUGCAGUUUAUUUAGGCUCGGCACUGGGAAUGGCUGUGUGCACUGCUGCAAUUUUUAUAGCACUGAUUGUCUUUGGAGUGUACAAAGAAGACCGGCGCUGGAUGCCACGCCCUGACAUGAACCUGCUGUCCUGGUCGUACGGGAUGUGUGUCAUGGUGGGAUGGUUCUCUCUGUUUGCUGCCGUCUGUCUGUACCUGGCCGGUAAGGAGAAGAAGAAAGAGUAUGACAACAACAAGUUCUCAUCACAUUUAACAACAUAUUCAUAA